CGAGCCACCACUUUCAUUCAGAUCUUGCCGCAUCAAGCAACUCACUACCUUCAUUUAACCAAUCCUCAAGUGCUGCUCGCAUCUUAUCCGUUCAUUACAGUAAAGAACGACAGAAUGGUUGUUCCUCGCAUUUUGGUCCUUUGCACACUGCCCUUCCUUGCGCUUGGAGCAAAGAAGCGUGAGGUUCCCUCUCACUUCGGAUUGUAUGGGUAUGGAGAGGGGUUUGGUGGUUUCCCUCUGUUCUAUGCAGACGGUUAUGCGUAUAUCGGCGAGGCCGCGCAGUCCAACAUCAGCAAUGCGGCGACUGUCGACUUCUCUCUUGGCACCGGCAAUAUGACUAGCUUGUGGAUUGGAAACCCCAACACUACGCUCUUGCCUGAUGCCAAUACGGCCAAUUGGGCCGACACGGUCUUUUAUCUGCCAGACAACACCACCUCCGACAAACGCGUUGGAUUCCUCUCGAACAAUAACGCUACUGAUGGUGCUAUCAAGACUGGUUUCUCCUUCUACGGAUCGACUGCUGUCUUGAUCGGAGAGACUGGAACGCUCGAGUCGAGCUUCUAUGCCCUGCAGGUUAGCGAGCGUGUCCACCGACUGUACUGGAACGAAACCAGCCUCGGCCAAAAGCCCGUUGUUCUGAGGGCUGUGGCGCCGUCAAUGCCGCCCCUUUAGAGCAGGUGGCCAAGACUCGAUGACUCGGAGUGGAAACGGAGCAAUGGGGAUACUGCGUGAGCCUGCAGUUUCCGCAGGGGUGUUCAAAGAAACUUCGUCGUACGCGUUCAGUGAUGAGUCUGUCGGAGUACAAACCCUAUAAGACUACCAUGUGGUCCCCACUCACGCUCUGG